AUGGAAAAUGGGUCAUCUGUCACAGAGUUAACUCUAUCUGGGUUAAAUGAGAUAUUGGACUACAGGGUAACAUUGUUCUGUCUCACUUCACUGUUUUACUGUGUUAUUAUUAUUAUAAAUAUUACUCUUAUUGUUACUAUUAUCAUGUAUAAAAACCUCCAUGAGCCAAUGUACAUCUUUAUAUGUAAUUUGUGCCUUAAUGGACUGUUUGGUACUGCAGGCUUCUAUCCCAAAUUCCUUGUGGAUCUAUUGUCUCAUCAUCAUGGUAUCUCUUACAUAGGAUGCAUUUUUCAAGGUUUUAUAAUGUAUUCUUUUGUGUGCAUUGAUAUUUCUUUGUUAGCAGUGAUGGCAUAUGACAGGUAUGUGGCAAUCUGCAGACCACUGAAGUAUCAUUCGAUUAUGACCAGGCAAAGGGUCGCUCAGUUAGUCUCCUUCUCCUGGCUUUUUCCAUUAGGUCUUUUGUCUACUUAUAUGAUAUUCACUUUCCAGCUGAAGUUGUGUGGCUCCCACAUAGAGAAACUUUACUGUGCUGGUUGGCUUAUUCUUCAACUCUCUUGUGCUGCAACCAUUGCUAAUGUGACAAUAAUGUUUUAUGUUAUUCUUGGUAUUUUCAUUGUUUGCUCUUAUUUGCAGUUAAUCCAAUCAUGUUUAAAGUCCUUAGACAGCAGAGGAAAGUUCAUGAGGACCUGUGUUCCACAUUUACUGGCGUUAGGUAAUAUCACAAUUGCUGUUUUAUUUGAUGUUAUGCAUAUGCGCUUUGGCUCAAUAAGUUUUCCACAAAGUCUUAAGAACUUCAUGUCUAUAGACAUGGUUAUUGUUCCACCAUUAUUCAACCCCCUCAUUUAUGGUCUCACACUCACUCAAAUCCGUAACAGAGUACUGUAUCCAUUCCGGAAAAGGAAAUGA